UUGGAGGAGGAGGAGCCAGUCCGAACCCCGACCUAGUUACCUGUGGAGGACUGGACCUCAGAUCCGCGUCUCUCCGGAUCCGUGAACACCAAAACAAUGAAGAGGACCAACAUGGGGGAGACGACCGACACCGAGACCCGGUCCGGGUCUGACGAGCUGAUCUUCUUCGUUAAUGGGAAGAAGGUUGUUGAGAGGAACGCGGAUCCUGAGAUGACUCUGCUGACGUACCUAAGGAGGAAAUUGGGUCUGACGGGAACCAAGCUGGGCUGUGCUGAAGGCGGCUGUGGAGCGUGUACGGUGAUGCUGUCCCGAUACCAGGCCCACAAUCAGCAGCUGCAUCAUUAUGCUGUCAACGCCUGUCUCGCCCCCCUCUGCUCCCUGCACCUGGCCGCUGUGACGACUGUGGAGGGCAUCGGCAGUGUGGCGCGAAAGCUACACCCUGUGCAGGAGCGGAUGGCCAAGGCUCAUGGCUCCCAGUGCGGGUUCUGUACUCCAGGAAUUGUCAUGUCCAUGUACGCUCUGCUGAGGAACAACCCGACACCCAAGAUGUCCGACGUCCAAGAGGCCUUUCAAGGGAACCUUUGUCGCUGCACUGGAUACAGACCCAUACUGGAGGGAUACAGGAGCUUCACUAUGGAGGGCGGCUGCUGUGGAGGCAGAGGGCAGGACGGCAGUUGCUGUCAGACCAACGGGACCAGGGCAGAGACCGACGCUGACGAAGCCACGCCGCUGUUCAACGCAGCAGACUUCAUGCCCUUUGACCCCACACAGGAAGUCAUCUUCCCCCCUGAACUCAUGUCUUUGAUCAAAUCGCUGAAGCCGCGUUCGCUGCAUUUCCAUGGCGAUCGUGUUCUCUGGCUACAACCCAGCUCUCUGGAAGAGUUAGUGCGUCUGAAGUGGAAGCAUCCAGAUGCUCGACUGGUGGUGGGAAACACUGAAGUUGGUAUUGAGGUGAAGUUCAAGAACAUGUUGUACCCAGUCGUCCUAGCUCCGGCCUGGGUCCCUGAACUGAGCUCAGUGACUCACGGUGAUAAAGGCAUAACCUUUGGAGCAGCCUGCUCUCUCAGCUGCAUCGAGGCCGUGCUGACGGAGGCAGUGGGUACGCUUCCUCGCCAUCAGACGGAGGUUUUUACUGCUGUUCUGGAACAACUGCGCUGGUUCGCUGGACAGCAGAUACGCAACGUUGCAGCUAUUGGGGGAAACAUCAUGACGGCCAGCCCCAUAUCAGACCUCAACCCUGUCUUUAUGGCAGCUGGCUGUAAACUGACACUGAUGGACAAAGAUGGCAGCCGUGUGGUUCCCAUGGACAACAGGUUCUUCACAGGUUACAGGAAGACAGUUGUGCGACCGCAGGAAAUCCUUCUGUCCAUAGAGAUCCCCUACAGCAAAGAGACUCAAUUCGUCUCCGCCUAUAAGCAGUCCCCUCGUCGGGAGGACGACAUUAGCAUUGUCACCGCAGCGAUGAGCGUCACGUUCACUCCAGGUACGAAUGUCGUUGAGGAUUUGAGGCUAAGCUACGGUGGCAUGGCGCCAAUCACUGUGUUGGCCAAGCAGACAGCAGACAGACUCCUGGGAAGAUGUUGGGGGGAGGAGCUCUUGCAGGAAGCUUGCUCCUCAUUGGCUGAAGAAAUGAGCCUGGACCCCGCUGCGCCUGGUGGCAUGGUGGCGUACCGGCGGGUUCUGACCUUGAGCCUGUUCUACAAGUUCUACCUGACCGUGCAGCAGAAGCUGAGUCGGCAGGGCAUACGAGUAGAGGGGAUCCGGUCUGACUGUCUGAGCGCCGUAGAGACCUACCACCCAGAGCCGCCAUCCAGCGUCCAGGUCUACCAGGCCGUGCCGGAGGGCCAGAUGCGGGAUGAUGUGGUGGGCCGUCCCAUGAUGCACCUGUCCGCUCUGAAACAGGCGACUGGAGAGGCGGUAUACUGUGACGACAUGCCACUUUUUGAGAACGAACUGUACCUGUCACUCAUCACCAGCCGCAGAGCCCACGCUCGCAUCAUUUCCAUAGAUGCCUCAGAAGCGGAGCGUCUACCUGGUGUCGUCUGCUGCCUGUUUGUUGAGGAUAUUCCAGGCAGUAAUGCCACUGGACCCAUUGAGUAUGACGAGACCAUUUUCGCCGAUGGCCUGGUGACCUGUGUGGGCCACAUCAUUGGUGCUGUUGUGGCCGACACUCAGCUUCUUGCCCAAAGGGCAGCCAAGGCCGUGAGGAUCCAAUAUGAAGACCUGCAACCUGUGGUCACCAUCCAGGAGGCCAUUGCUGCCCAGUCCUUCUAUCAGCCAAUAAGAACUCUGCAGAGGGGCGACCUGGAGGCAGGGUUCAAACAGGCCCACAGCAUCCUGGAGGGUGAGAUUCACAUUGGAGGUCAAGAGCAUUUCUACCUGGAGACAAACGUGACUCUGGCUGUUCCCAGAGGGGAAGACGGGGAGAUGGAGCUUUUUGUUUCUACUCAGUCUGCCUCUAAAACACAAUCUCUGGUGGCCAAGGCUUUGGGCGUCCCAGCCAAUCGGGUGGUGGUCCGGGUGAAGAGGAUGGGUGGAGGCUUCGGUGGGAAGGAGAGCCGGACCACGGUGCUUUCCACUGUGGUGGCUGUGGCAGCAGACAAACUGAAGAGGCCGGUCAGGUGCAUGCUGGACAGAGAUGAAGACAUGCUUAUCACAGGAGGACGACACCCAUUCUAUGGGAAGUACAAGGUUGGUUUCAUGGACAGCGGUAAGAUUGUGGCUUUAGACAUUUCACUCUAUAGUAACUGUGGAAACUCCAAGGACCUCUCUCAGUCGAUCAUGGAGCGAGCUCUGUUCCACAUGGAGAACUCGUACAGUGUGCCAAACAUCCGUGGCACCGGCUUCAUGUGCUACACCAACCUGCCGUCCAACACCGCCUUCAGGGGCUUCGGAGGGCCUCAGGGCAUGAUGGUGGUGGAGAGCUGCAUAAGCGACGUGGCUCAGAGCCUCGGACGGCCGGCGGAGGAGGUGCGACGGUUGAACCUGUACGCUCAGGGCGAGUCAACGCCCUACAACCAGAUCCUGGAGGAGUUCACGCUGGACCGCUGUUGGGACGAGUGUCUGUCACGAUCUGGAUACCAGCAACGACGAGCCGCCAUCAGUCUCUAUAACAGACAGAACCGUUGGACCAAACGGGGCCUAGCCAUCGUCCCCACGAAGUUUGGCAUCAGCUUUACAUCCACCUUCCUCAACCAGGCCGGAGCUCUGGUUCACAUUUACACAGACGGUUCAGUGUUGCUGACUCACGGAGGGACAGAGAUGGGACAGGGGCUCCACACCAAGAUGGUCCAGAUCGCCAGCAGAGUUCUGGGCAUUCCCUCAUCAAAGAUCCACAUCUCAGAGACCAACACCAACACGGUGCCAAACACCAGCCCGACCGCAGCCUCGGCCUCGUCCGACCUCAACGGAGCCGCCGUGCAGAACGCCUGUCAGAUCCUGGUGAAGCGUCUGGAGCCGUACAAGGCCAGCAACCCCAAAGGAUCAUGGGAGGACUGGGUGAACGCUGCGUACUUCGACAGAGUUAGCCUCAGUGCCAACGGGUUUUACAGGACUCCAGAUCUUGGUUAUGACUUUGACUCCAACUCUGGCCGAGUGUUCAACUACUUCAGCUACGGAGCAGCGUGCACAGAGGUGGAGAUCGACUGUCUGACCGGCGCUCACAAGAACCUGAGCACCACUAUAGUGAUGGAUGUUGGUAAUAGCCUCAACCCAGCUAUCGACAUCGGGCAGGUGGAGGGGGCCUUCAUGCAGGGUCUGGGUCUCUUCACGCUGGAGGAGCUCCAUUAUUCCCCUGAGGGUGUGCUCCUCACUCGAGGUCCAGGGUCGUAUAAGAUACCAGCGUUCGGUGACAUUCCUGCCCAGCUCACUGUGUCGCUGCUGCGAGAUGCACCUAACCAUAAGGCCAUCUACGCCUCCAAGGCUGUGGGUGAGCCGCCUCUCUUCUUGGCGUCUUCGGUUUUCUACGCCAUCAAAGACGCCGUCAGCGCCGCCCGGGAGGAGUCAGGCAUCAGAGGAGCGUUCAGGCUGGACAGCCCUGCGUCUGCAGAGAGGAUUCGCAACGCCUGCAUCGACCAGUUCACCAGGAAGUGUCCUGCUGCUGAGCCUGGAACCUUCAAGCCCUGGUCUGUGCAGGUCUGAGGAGACGACAUCACUGUGAAACACUGAAUCACGUCGAUCACAGCUGAGCUUUAAUAAUACUGGAACCUGAAGGCAGCGUCUUCACUGUCAUGUUGCCUUCACUGUCACUCAGUGUCCUGUGUCAAAAUUAGGUCUACAGUACAUCCAUUCAAAAUGAGAAUGGUUCAGAACAGAUCUGUGCUUCAGGUUUCAUAAAGGAGACAGAAUGUUUUUCUCCAGCAGCAUAUGACUUUUUUUAGUCUUCUUUUAAUCAGCUGGACUUUUACAGCAACGAUUACAGAAAAUUAAGCAUGAAACAAUAUUUGAAUGAAAUGUUGGUUGUUUCUGUUGAUGACAAUCAUGUUAUAUGUCACUGUUAUUAUAUAACUGUUCUCAAUAGAUACUGUAGACAGAAAAUCUUCACUAUCUUCAGCAUGGAUCCAAACAUUUCUCAUUAUGUUGUCUUAUAAUAAAUAAUAGUCUAUGGCUAUAAACUCAGCUAUUUUGAAAGGAAAGAUUUUUUUUGAAUCUCUAUGUACAAACUGCAGAACUGUGGACAUGAGGUGAACAGCAUGGAGCUUAUUCACAUCUGUGUGUAAAGCUGUGGAACUGAUGAACUGUUCUGAUUAAACAUGAUCUCUGCA